GUCCUCGGCCCGUUCGUCCUCGUCUUCCUCGAAGCGGGGCAUUAUCUGGUGCAGGACUGGAGUCGUGCGCAGUGUACCUCUUCGCCCGACGGCUCCUUCCACAGAGUGACGGCAUUCCCACUGCGCCUGGGCUACAGCACCACCCUACACAAGAUUCAGGGUGCAACGCUACCGCAUGUGACGAUCUGGAUGGACGUGCCAUAUGUCCGGGCAGCACUCUAUGUUGCGUUAUCGCGAGUUCAGCGAGACGGCGAGUGGCGCUUCAUCGGGAGCAUCGACCGACGGCACUGUGUGCCGGCGAAGCUUUGA